ACAUUAUAACAAAUUGAUGGGAAAUUUUGUAUUUUUAAAUACGUUGCACUAACAACAUUCUUUUGUCUUCCAACUUCGGAUAUCGAAUUACCUAAAGUUUUAUAUAAAGAAUCGUAAAGCGUUGCUAUCGCAGUUCGUAAGCCAGUUACAAUGAACUAAUGAACUUGUGAUAUUGCUCAACGGAGUUGCGAAUUUAUUUUAAAAUAAUACGGAAAAAUAUAUAUAAUUCCACUAUCAAAGUGGAUGUGUGAUUAGUGAUCAGUGAUAUCAAAUCUAUUGCAACCGACAAGAAACUCAGAUAAAAAGUGUAAAAAGCAAGACAACGAAAUUAGAAAUAUAGUAUAGAGAAUGGAGUCCAGUGUCUUUAACGCACAAAUCAAAUUGGACCCAGUGGACUAUAAUUUACCGUUGACCUUUAAAAGGGAUUUCUUGAGAACGGCCCCACUUUAUAGCGUGGGUGAUUUGGAGAGUAAUGAAAAGUACUUUGAAUUUGAAGUUAGAAAUAACUUGGAUCAAAAUUAUAAUGAACCAUGUGUAGAGUAUGAAAUGAUAACAUGCCACAUUUGUGAUAUAGAUGUACCUAAAAUAUUCAUAAAAGAGCAUUAUCAAAGUAAGAAACACAUUACCUUCAAGCAAAUAGCGAAUACAGCUCUAAAAAGGUUGAGGCAUUAUAUUAAUGAUGUGGAUGAAAGCAUGGCCCCAGAUCACGAACCUGACGUAUAUUUCUGUGCCACAUGUGUUGCUGUCGUUAAAAUAAGAGAUAAAAAACAUCAUAAUCGUCAACAAACACACAAAAAUUCGCUAAUCACUGACAAGCUGCUUAACGAUUUUCUCUAUUUAUACACUGGUGAUGAUGACGAUGAGAAAGCUAAUCAAACAGAUGACAAUUCAACCAGCAUAGAAAACUCAGUGGGUGAUGUUAAGGAUGAAUUAAACGAUGCUUUCAAGUUAGGUGAUGAUAUAUAUCAUGAUGAUGUUUUGGCUGGACCAAGUGGCAACAGUGAAAGUCAUAUACUGAACUCGAAUACAAGAAGAAAACGUACAAGACCGUCAAGAAACAAUUGCAAGCAAUCUAAUGAUGAUUUGAUACAACACAAAACACAAUCAAACUGUAUUUUAAACGAAUCAUCAAAUCAGCAUGUAUUAGACAAUUUAAAAUUCGAAAUUAAUAAAUAUUCAACAAUAUUAAAAAAAAAUAACAAACGAGAUGUAAGUAAUCAAUCCCCAUUAAAGGAAAAUAUGGUAGAGUUGUAUACAAAAGAAAAGGAUAGUGUGGCUGCAUCAAAAACAAAUGAAUUGAACGAAACAGUUUCUAAUGUGCAAACAGAUCUUAAUGAAGAGUUAUUCUUUCCUGUACUAAAUGUAGAAGAAACGACCACUCUCUUGGAAUCAAAUAAUAAACACGAAUUACAUACAAACGACACGAUCAAAGAAAAUAGCAAUUUUCAAUUGAUCGAAACAAAUGAUAAUGGAGUCAUCGAUUUAGAUUUAAACCUGAUAAAAGAUAAUUCGCGUCGUUCAAUCAGCGACGCGGACGAAAAUGCAAACACACAGAAACAUCCAGAAAUAAGAUGCAACACAGAUGACUUUAAAAUCGCCGAUUUUAACGGAAAAUAUAUUUUCGAAAGCCACAACAGCGUGUUAAGAGGUCUAGAUGAACAUAGAAUUAAAAUUAUAAGCAGCAGUUACAUAGAAAUUGAAUGCGUUAACGGAGCUAAGCUGUGUGUAUCCAGUGCUAAUUAUUUCUGUGUCGGGGAGCCGGUGGGGAAUGGGGUUCACUGUCAAAUUUGCGAACGGACCAUUGAUCUUGACAAACAGUUGAUACACAUAAGCACAGACCAUAUAAUGAACAUUUUAUCACAGCCGUUGGAAGAUGAAAACUGUCUGAGAAAAAUAACCGACGGUAAAUACCAUUGCGUGCUUUGUAAUGAUGUGGUUGACGAUCUUUAUGGACACAUCAACACAAAACGCCACGGGAACCGAUUAAAAACAGCUCUCAUAAAAAGUGGCAAUGAAAUUUCGAAUAUACCAAUAAAAGAUGAACCAUGCGAAGUGAUAUUUUAUAAUGUUGAAUUGAGCCGGCUGGAAACGCUAAAAUCAGAAAUCAAGGAUGAAAACGAUGAAAAUGUUGAUGUUGAUGACGAUGUUGAAGAUGAAGAUGAUGAGAUUGAUGACGAUGUAGAUGAUGGUAUUUAUGAGGAUGAUAUACGUAACAUUGACAUAGAUUCUGAAAAAAUAAGCUUUAAAAGUGGUAACAAAUAUUUCUGCGAAACCUGUACAACAGAUGUCCAUGUAAACCAUAUAAAAUGGCAUGUGAACAGUUCACGUCACAAAAUGAAUAAAAUAUCCAACGUGCACUAUAUGAUGAAAGAAGUGGACUGCAAUUUGUUAUGUAAAGUCUGUCAACAUCUCAUACAGAACGAGGAAACGGCCAUAUCGUACCACAUUACUAAGACAAACCACAAAGAUAUCUACAACAACAUUCUAUAUGAUAAUUGGAUUGAAAAGUGCCUUGGUAUACUGUACUGUAGGGCUUGUAACGAAUAUAUAGCACAGCGCAACGAAUUACUCCACGUAAAAACAAAAAAACACACCGCAAUGAAGAUCAAAAUUGAAUCGGAUACAGAUGUGGACCCCGAAAUGCCGUAUUACUGUGCAGUGUGCGAAAUAUACCUAAUUAACACUGAAACAAACAUCAAAGCGCACAAAAAUAACGACUCGCACAAAUCAGAAGCUAAAUUGAAGGGUAUUGAUGUAAAUGAUAACUUGACAACUGAAAUCACCGAAGGCAACGAUGCGAGUAACAAUGUAGAACCGCGCUCGGAAAUAGAAGAUAAAAACAAAAAUUCUGAUACAGCUGAAAAGACACCCCCCCACUAUUGCACUAUCUGCGAAGUUAAUAUACCAAACAAUACAAACAAUAUAUUCCAACACAACAAUGGCCGUUCCCAUCAAAACAAAUUGGAAAUAAGAAAGAUGUUUCCCAGUACCUCCAAUAGCCGAGUCCCCUCUAACCCCAAUAAAAAACAAGUUAUAAAACGAUAUUAUUGUGCACAGUGCAAGGUUCAUGUAUCGAGCCACCCAAAAAACAUAGAAGAACAUAUAAACGGAGCCUUACAUAAGAGAAACUUUGAGACCCGUAUGUGUAAAGUAUGCAAUAUAAAUGUACCGAAUACAGAAGCGGCCUUUGCAAAACACAGAGUAGACAAGGGCCACCUGGAAGCGUACAAAGCGGUGUUAGCUGCUGACAAAAUAUAUGAACGUGAAGGUAAAUACUUCUGCUUGCCUUGCAACAUCUUUUUAGAAAGCCCGUUGAAUCAUACAGACGAUGUAGAACACAAGGCAAAAAUGAAAAGUUUAGAUGAUAAAUUUAAAGCAUUUGAUGACAUUUUCAAUGAUCUAAAAAUGCGAUUAUUGGCUUAUAAUAUUGACCAGAAUGUGACUCAGCAUACUUUAAAGGUGGAGGAAAUUCCAUUUUUGAAAAAUACAGAGAAUCCAAAGGAACUAUUGUGUGCUGUAUGCGAUAGUAAAGUGCCUUUUAAAGAGUAUAAUAUAAUUACCCAUAUAAAUGGGGCGAGACAUAAAAAUAUUCAUAAGAAAUAUUGUAAAUUAAUUGAGGAAUGGCAGAAACUCAGAGAUAAAAUGAAUCAACCGCACAUAAUAGAAGAAGCAUAUGUUGAAUUGUUAGCAUUGUUGGAAGAAAUAUAAUUAUUGAUUUUUUUAUAAUAAAUAUAUUGUCUAUUAUCA